GCAGGCUAGAAUCCGUAUCUGAGCAAGCGCGGGUGCUGCAGUGUUCUGUGCUGGGAGCAGUGCUGCAGGGAGCUGUGUGGGACCCCGGAGAGCUCGGAAGCUGCGACUUGGGUGUCUUACAUACAUGACCUUAAGACUGUAUGAGCCUCCAGAGUCAUGGGAUGCCAGGUGUGUGACAGUCUUACCACCAUUCGUGAAUUUUUAAUUUUUUUUUAGUAAAUAUGAAACUAUGCCUGCAUGCACAGAUGUACAUGACACUGCUGACUGAUACUCACAACAAUCAGAAGAUGUCCGCAGAAUCCCGGGACUUGGAAUUACGAAUACUUGGGAGCAACCAUGAUGCAGUGACCUAUGAGGAUGUGCAUGUGAACUUCACUAGGGAAGAGUGGACAUUGCUUGAUCCUUCCCAGAAGAGUCUCUACAAAGAUGUGAUGGUAGAAACCUACAGAAAUCUCACGGCUAUAGGCUACAAAUGGGAAGAUGAGAAUAUGGAAGAAUAUUAUCAGCAUUUUAGAAGACAUGGAUGGCACAAAAGAAGUAAUCCUGUAGAGAAUCACUAUGAAUGCAAGCAGUGUGGUAAAACCUUUUCAUGUCACUAUGAAGAUUAUUAUAAUCUUCAGUUUCAAGUCUCAAGUCAUACUGGACAGAAAUCCUAUGAAGAUAUUCAAUGUGGCAAAGACUUUGCACAUCACAGUUAUCACCAAAUACCUGAAAGAACAAAAAGUGAAGAGAAUUACACUGAAUAUAAGCAGUGUGGUAAAACUUUUAGACAUCAUAAUCAUCUUCAAAAAUAUGAAAGCACUCAUACUGUAGAGAGACACUUCAAAUGUAAACAAUGUGGCAAAUCCUUUACACUUAAUUUUAAUCUGAAAAUGCAUGAAAGAAUUCAUACUGGUGAGAAACCCUAUGAAUGUGAGCAAUGUGGUAAAGACUUUAUAAAUGUCAGUCAUCUGAAACUACAUGAACGAAAUCAUACUGGCGAUAAACCCUAUGAAUGUAAGGAAUGUGAUAAAGCCUUUACGUGUAACAGUUAUCUGAAAGUACAUGAAAAAAUUCAUACUGGAGGGAAACCCUAUGAAUGUGAGCAAUGUGGUAACGCCUUUAGAAGUAGAAGCUAUCUGAAGAUACACGAACGAAAUCACACUGGAGAGAAACCGUAUGAAUGUAAGCAAUGUGGUAAAGCCUUUAUAUGUAACAGUUAUCUGAAAACACAUGAAAGAAUUCAUACUGGAGAAAAACCCUAUGAAUGUAAGCAGUGUGGUAAAGCAUUUACAUGUAAUGGUAAUCUGAAAACACAUGAAAAAACUCAUACUGGGGGGAAACCCUAUGAAUGUGCGCAAUGUGGCAAAGCCUUUACGUGUAACAGUAAUCUAAAAACACAUGAACGAAAUCAUACUGGAGAGAAACCCUAUGAAUGUAAGCAAUGUGGUAAAGCCUUUGUAUGUAACAGGUAUCUGAAAAUACAUGAAAGAAAUCAUACUGAGGAGAAACCUUAUGAAUGUAAGCAAUGUUAUAAAGCCUUUUUUUGUAAUAGUCAUCUGAAAAGACAUGAAAGAAUACAUAUAGGAGAGAAACCAUAUGAAUGUAAGCAAUGUGGUAAAGCCUUUACAUUAUGCAGUAUUCUGAAAAUACAUGAAAGAAUUCAUACUGGGGAGAAACCCUAUGAAUGUAAGCAAUGUGAUAAAGCCUUUUUAUGUACCAGUCAUCUGAAGAGACAUGAAAGAAUCCAUACUGGAGAGAAACCAUAUGAAUGUAAGCAAUGUAAUAAAGCCUUUUCAUGUAACAAUCAUCUGAAAAGACAUGAAAGAAUUCAUACUGGAGAGAACCAUUAUAAAUGCAAACAAUGUGAUAAAAUCUUUAAAUGCAAUAGUUACCUGAAAAUACAUGAAAGAAAGCAUACUGCAGAGAAUCCCUAUUAAUGUUAGCAAUGUGGUAAAACCUUUAUAAGUAGCAGUCAUCUGAAGAUACAUGAAAGAAUUCAUACUGGAGGGAAACCCUAUGAAUGUAAGAAAUGUGGUAAUGCCUUUACAAGUAGCAGUCAUCUGAAAUUUCAUGAAAGAAGUCAUACUGGGGAGAAACUUUAUGAAUGUAAGUGAUGUGGUAAAAAAAAAAAAAAA